AAGCAGCAACAAGGCCUGAGAGCGCGCUCGCUUCUUAUCUCGUGCGCAUGCAGGGAAACCCCGAAUCAGCCUCCGCGUGAUGGCGGUAUGAGGCAGUCCCUGCAAGCCAGCGCGUGGGAGUUCCUGCCUUCGCCAUGUCGGGGUGGUGCUGCAACGCGCUGAGGAUACCCUGAACCGUGCAGAAGUCUCCCAGCCCCCCUCCUGUCGCUCCAUCAAUCCAUCUCUCUAUCCAUCCGCCCCCUCACGGCAACAGGCAGAGUCCAGCAUCCCCACCAUCACCGUUUCCCCGGAUCUGCUGCGACACAUCUUCACCCCCUGACCGACGGUGGACGAAGGAGAGACGCACCAAGUGAUGCUGCUUCUGCAGCCGGCGAAUCCGUCCACCACCGACGUCCGUACACUCACCCGUUAGGAGUAGGCGCACUUUUCCCGUUAUCUACAGCAACUCAUGAAGAUGUCCAACGCAGACAUCAUGGGUUUAAACCCCGCAGACCGCGUAAUCAAAUCGGUUCCGUUUCCACUAAGCCACAGGUUAAGCAUGCGUGAGGUGUUUGAUUGUGAGGGGAAACCUCGCGUGGACCUGCUGAAGGCUCACCUCACUAAAGAGGGUCGCGUGGAGGAGCCUGUCGCCCUGCGUAUCAUUAAUGAAGGCGCUGCCAUACUGCGCCAAGAAAAAACAAUGUUGGACAUAGAAGCGCCUGUCACAGUUUGUGGAGACAUCCAUGGGCAGUUUUUUGACUUGAUGAAGUUAUUUGAGGUUGGCGGAUCUCCUGCGACAACCAGGUAUCUGUUCCUAGGAGACUACGUGGACCGAGGGUACUUCAGUAUUGAGUGUGUCUUGUACCUCUGGUCACUGAAAAUCCUCUACCCAAAGACUCUGUUUCUACUGCGAGGAAACCAUGAAUGUAGACAUUUGACUGAAUAUUUCACUUUUAAACAAGAAUGUAAAAUCAAAUACUCGGAGCAGGUGUACGACGCCUGUAUGGAUGCGUUUGACUGUCUGCCUCUGGCUGCACUGAUGAAUCAGCAGUUUUUGUGUGUUCAUGGUGGCCUGUCCCCAGAGAUCCACACGUUAGACGACAUCAAGAGGCUGGAUAGGUUUAAGGAACCCCCCGCGUUUGGCCCCAUGUGUGAUCUGUUGUGGUCCGAUCCGUUGGAGGACUUCGGGAACGAAAAGAGCCAAGAUUACUUUAGUCACAACAGUGUCCGUGGAUGCUCUUACUUCUACAGCUAUCCAGCAGUGUGUGAGUUUCUACAGACCAACAACUUACUGUCGGUCAUCAGGGCACAUGAAGCUCAGGACGCUGGUUACCGUAUGUACAGAAAGAGCCAGAGCACAGGAUUUCCCUCUCUCAUCACUAUCUUUUCUGCUCCAAAUUACCUGGACGUUUACAACAAUAAAGCGGCUGUGCUUAAAUAUGAAAACAACGUUAUGAACAUACGACAAUUCAACUGCUCCCCACACCCAUACUGGCUGCCGAACUUCAUGGACGUCUUUACCUGGUCUCUUCCUUUUGUUGGAGAGAAAGUGACGGAGAUGUUGGUGAAUGUUCUUAGUAUCUGUUCAGACGAUGAGCUCAUGAAUGAUGGAGAGGAGAUCUUUGAUGCUAAUGCAGCGGCUGCCCGUAAAGAAGUUAUCAGGAACAAGAUUCGGGCCAUCGGCAAAAUGGCUAAAAUGUUCUCAGUCCUGCGAGAGGAGAGCGAGAAUGUGUUAACCCUUAAAGGCCUGACUCCCACCGGCAUGCUGCCGAGCGGCGUCCUGGCUGGAGGAAAACAAACCUUGCAGAGCGCUACCAUUGAAGCCAUUGAAGCCAUCGAGCCGGUUGAGGAUGGAGAAGCCAUCCGUGGCUUUUCCCCACAGCACAAGAUCACCAGUUUCGAGGAAGCGAAGGGUCUGGACCGCAUAAACGAGCGCAUGCCGCCUCGCAGAGACGUGGUCAACAGCGUGGGUCUCUCAAUGGGCAAGAUGAACAUGGCCGAAUCCAACGGCACGGAUGACAACAGCAAUAUCCAGUGAUUCAUCGUUUCCUCCACCACUCUCUUCCUCGCUCGUCCCCGCUCCUUCUCCCAUAAUGCAAUUCUCCUCUCUUUCUUAAUAUUCACUGCUACCGUCUUGUGUAGCAGAUGGAUUAUGUGAUAUAUUUAGACAGAACUCCCUGCUUGACGCUCAGUGGCCUCAACAACAGAGACGGACGGCUCGAGGGGAUCGUGUGCGGUUGCAGUGUGAGAGUUGCAUGAUGGGAUGUGUAGUUUUACGAAUAAGGGACUGUGGACAUUGGAAAAGAGGGCUGUUUUGUCUGAAGAAAUGUUUAUUUUUGCGUGUUUGCACUUAUGAGUGUAUGUCUGUGCGUGUGUGCGGGCACCAUGUGUUAUAUAAUGAUAUAAUAUGUAGGUUUUCACACAAAUGCUGUUUUCUUCCUUGCUCCGCAGUGGAACCUAAACACAAGCAUAUUGCUCUAUUUAAUGUAAAUCUGAGGAGCGUAUGUUUUCAUUCUUGUGUGCGUGCGUGCGAGUAGCUUAUAACCAUUUACUUUUACGAUUCUCUCGCAGUUCUAUAUGUUUUGCGACAAGUAAUCACUAUAUAUAUAGCCUAUGGAAAGUAAUAUUAAACAACUUUAUUAAUGCAGGUUAUUAAUACGAAUAAUCCAAGAGUAAAGAUUUAUUCAUUCCUUGUAAUGCCCCUUUUUGGUUUUCUGCGGUUUGUAAAUGCGCUGUCGUCACGUCACGUCGUGCCGCGGUUGCUAUGGCAGUACUCCACGUGUCCUCCGGAGUCUGACACCUCCUCGCCUCCUUUUCAUCGACACUCCAGAGCAAAGCAGCGGGAAUAUUCAAUCUGCUAUGUAUGAGAAACAGGUACUGUGUUGGGCCAUCGCAAGACUUCGGACAGGUCCUCGUGACGGCAGGUGGUUUCAAUGAGGUCCUGCACCGGGCUGAACGGAUUUCCUGCUACGCAUAAUUCAUGGGAGUUUAUUUUGUAUAUAAAUGGCGUAUAUUUUUAAGGAAGGUUAAUGUUUUGUUAUUGCUUAUUUUCAUGUUUUUUUUUUUAUUGUUUUUCAACUUAUUUAUUUAUUUAUUUAUUUUCAUUGCUGUACAGUUAAUUCGGCUGAAAUGAGGUGUUAUACCUUGUGCUUUUCUGUUUCUUUAUCGUUGUACAGAAGUUAUCUCGUAGUGUGAAGGAACGUAUCGUGUGAAAAGACAUCUGGGCUGCCAAAGCAUGAGUGCAUGGUUAUUUCAAAUGUAAAUCCAAUAUGGACACACCUUAUCGUGUCUGACAUUUUUAAGGACAAGUAUAUUCUGAUCAUUAUUCUAUACGAUAUGGUUAAUUAUUAUGAUUAAGAGUUCUGCUGGUUUAAUCCACUUUGCUUCAUCCUCGUUUCGGUUUCUCAUUGUGAAGAAGUUAUGGGUUCUUUGUGGUUCUAUAUCUUGUAUUUUUCUCUGGAGCUUCAUUUUGAUCAUCAUUAUUUUCUGGUCUACGGUAUGGACAGUGUGAGCAUGCCCUAUGGGACUAAUCUCUUUUUUUACUCUUGAAUAAAAUAUGCAUGAACCUUU